UGUAUGCAUUUCGAAUUAUUAGAGUGAACAAUUUAAAAUUAUCGACACCACACCGGGGUAAUAAAAAUACCUGAUCCAGUGAUAGCACCAGUUUUAAUCGCCAAUUGACGUAUGGAGUGAAAUCUGCGAAUUUCCAUUCCGUCAUUUCAAAUCAAACGGUUGGCUUAAGCAUGCGUCGUCUUCUAGCGCGUCUGAUUCUAGCAGUUUUGCACUAUUGUUGGACCUCUGCUUUUUCACCAGUGAACACCGACAGCUUUCGAUUUGCACCAACAUGUUCGCUGAAUAUCAACAAUCAGCUACCGCGGCCUCAGCCACUGAUUCUCAUCCCUGGAACAAAAAACUUUCGUUACCCUGUCUCGGACAAUCGCCUGCUGCGAUUGGACGUGGGUGAAACAAUUGAACUCGCCUGUGACAGUAGCGGGUUUACGCUAUUCCCAAGUGCUCGAACUAUCGUCGUAACUUGCGUUUUCGAUACCACAUUUAACUUCAACAGUACAAUGUACACUUUCGAGGACUUCUCCUGUACCCGACUGUGGUACAGCGUGGCACGACGCACCGGUCAAACGUGUGAAACCACGGCAUCGCUGAUCGAAAUUGGUUUCGAUAUGGAAGAUCGGUUCCCGAAGUUCUUGGAUGUUUGCCACAACGAGGAGACGUUCGAAAAUCACUGGGUGAGGCAUGAAUUUCACCGUCCCAAUGUCGGCUAUCAGUCGAGUAAUCCACGACCCAGCUGGUAUCAGGGAGACUUCUAUCCUGGAAUCUAUGUUGAUAAUCUGUACACGAUGAACAGGCAGCGUGAAACGGUUGCAAAGAUCUUGCAAUCCCAGGAGCUAGCGGAUAGUAUUGUCGGUGAUUACGACAGCAUGCGCUACAUGGCUCGGGGUCACAUCGCGGCCCGCGUCGACGUGAUCUACGGAACGCAGCAAAAUGCAACCUUCUGGUUUCUGAACGCUGCACCGCAGUGGCAGGCAUUCAACGAAGGCAAUUGGCUGAAGAUUGAGGAUAGUACGCGCCGAUUUGUGGCGGCUCGCAAUCUCGUUGUUACCGUGUAUGGUGGAACUUACGGGGCUCACACGCAAACCGACGCGAACGGAGAUCAGCAGCCAAUUUUCUUGGAUUUCGAUCCGGAUGGAACUCAGCGACUGCCGGCACCGAAGAUCUUCUACAAGAUUCUGUAUGAUGAAGAUAGCAAGGCCGGAAUCGCGCUCAUUGGAGUCAACGAUAUUCAUCUGACCUCGAUGGAGCAAAUCAUUAGCGGAGGUUAUAUGCUUUGCGACAAUGAUAUUGGGGACAAAAUCAACUGGAUCGACUGGGAUAGAAGGAAUUUUUCCCGAGGAUAUUCGUAUGCCUGUGAAGUGAAUCCUUUCCUGCGGCGUAUCGGACAUCUGGCUGAGUUGGAUGUUCCUAAUUUGCUUCUUUAAA